AUGGGCAGAGCAUCCUCAUCAGUUGCUAAAAAGCAAAGACAUGAUCCUCUUAUGAAAGAUCUUGAUAACUCUCAAGGUAUAUUAAAGACAACAGAAAAAAAGGUUAUAUCCCACAGCAAUGGUACUGAUGACUAUGACGAUAAAGAUGAAGAGUACGUUGAUUCCAAAGCAUCUGCAAAGAUUUUACAAUUAGCUAGAGAACAACAAAAUGAAAUUGCAGAAGAAGAAGAAGUUGAAGCCCAGAAAAAUCUUGCCCAAGCCUCGAGAUUUCAUACUAAGAGUUAUAAUGAUGACUCAGAUGAUGAUGAUGAUUAUUUAGCUAAUGAAGAUAUAUCAGAUUUCGAACCUGAAGGUGAGUAUGAAGAAGAGGAAGAAGAAGUGAUUGAAAUUGAUGAAGAAGAUGCAGCCAUGUUUGAUCAAUAUUUUAAAAAGUCUUCUGAUUUCAACUCUCUUGAUGGAAGUUAUAACUUAGCUGAUAAAAUCAUGGCCUCUAUUAGAGAAAAGGAAAAUCAAUGGAAUUCUGAAACACCACAAAGCGCUGACAGAGAAACCCAAUCUCAUGAAGUAUCUGGUCUAAGAACUGGUGAAGGUGUGGCUCUUCCAGAGAAGGUUAUUAGAGCUUAUACUGCUGUUGGAAGUAUUUUGAGAACUUGGACACAUGGUAAACUACCGAAACUAUUCAAAGUUAUCCCUACUCUAAACAACUGGCAAGAUGUUUUGUACGUGACAGAUCCAGAAUCCUGGUCUCCACAUGUUGUAUAUGAAGCUACUAAAUUAUUUGUAUCGAACAUGAAAGCUAAGGAAGCACAAAUAUUUAUUAAUAUAGUCUUAUUGGAAAGAUUCCGCACAAAUAUUGAAGAUUCUCAAGACCAUUCUUUAAAUUAUCAUAUAUACCGUGCAAUUAAGAAAUCUUUGUAUAAGCCAAGUGCCUAUUUCAAAGGUUUCCUUUUCCCAUUGGUUGAAACUGGUUGUAAUAUCCGUGAAGCCACUAUUGCAGGUAGUGUUUUAGCUAAAGUUUCCGUUCCAGUUUUACACUCUUCCGCUGCUUUAAGUUAUUUAUUGAGAUUGCCAUUUUCUCCAGCUACAACAGUUUUUAUCAGAAUAUUAUUAGAUAAGAAAUAUGCUUUACCAUAUCAAACCAUUGAUGAAUGUGUUUAUUACUUUAUGAGAUUUAGAAUCUUGGAGGAUGGUAGUAAUGGUGAAGAUGCUACUAGAGUGUUACCUGUUGUCUGGCAUAAAGCUUUCUUAACAUUUGCUCAACGUUAUAAGAAUGAUAUUACUCAAGAUCAAAGAGACUUCUUGUUAGAGACUGUUCGUCAAAGAGGACACAAAGCCAUUGGUCCAGAGAUUAGAAGAGAAUUAUUAGCUGGGUCCAGUAGAGAGUUUGUAGGAGAAGCAGGCGAAAAGGACGACUUAAUGCUUGAUAUCGAAUAG